AUGGGCUCGGUGUUCCCCUCCGACGCGCUGAUGAUCAAGUCCGGCUUCAGGUCCCCAAACCUCUCCCUGUGUGAGAUCAUCACCUCGGAUGUGCUCCACAGCUUUCUGUACGGGAGAUGGAGGAACGUGCUGGGAGAAAACCAUCAUCACCUUCAUCAUUACAACCUUCAUCAUGUUCACCUCUCAGAGGAGAAGCAGCAGCAGAAUCCCACCAGCAAAACCGCGUUCACUGCCGAGGUGCUGGCGCAGUCCUUCUCUGGAGAGGUGCAGAAGUUGUCCAGCCUGGUGCUGCCCAGUGAAGUGAUCAUCGCUCAGAGUUCCAUCCCUGGUGAGGGUCUGGGAAUUUUCUCCAAGACUUGGAUUAAAGCAGGGACUGAGAUGGGUCCGUUUACCGGCCGGCUUAUUUACCCUGAGCAUGUGGACUUGCUGAAGAACAACAACCUGAUGUGGGAGGUUUUCAAUGAGGAUGGGACUGUACGCUACUUUAUAGAUGCCAGUCAGGAGGACCAACGUAGCUGGAUGACCUACAUUAAGUGUGCACGGAAUGAGCAGGAGCAGAACCUGGAGGUGGUGCAGAUCGGCAGCAGUAUCUUCUACAAAGCAGUGGAGACUAUCCCUCCUGACCAAGAGCUGCUCGUUUGGUACGGAAAUUCACACAACACGUUUUUGGGAAUCCCUGGGGUCCCUGGUAUUGAAGAUGAACAACAGAAAAAACCCAAAAGUGAUGAUUCUCACUUGUGCGACGGCAGCUCUUCAUCCCCCCCAUCAUCCUCCUCAGCAUCCAGCCGAAUGCGCUGCGUAAUCUGCCACCGAGGCUUCAACUCCCGCAGUAACCUGCGCUCCCACAUGCGCAUUCACACCCUGGACAAACCUUUCGCCUGUCGCUUCUGUAACCGCCGCUUCAGCCAGUCAUCCACACUGCGUAACCACGUCCGUCUGCACACUGGCGAGCGCCCUUACAAGUGCCAUGUGUGCCAAAGUGCUUACUCACAGCUGGCAGGACUGCGAGCUCACCAGAAGAGUGCCAGACACCGGCCGACGGGUGCCAAUCCGGAGACCAGACAGUCCUCACCAUCCCCUCCAUCACAGAGAGCCUCCAUGGCGCAACCGGUGCCACUGGUGCACCAUAUAGCCACCAUGGUACUCUGA